CUCUCUCUUAAGUGGCCACGGUUAUCACCUGCGAACGACAAUGAAGUUUCUGGCAAUUGUGCUCUUAGCAGCUUGUGCGUGCGCUACAGAGAUUGAGAAGCGAAAUGCCGAGCCAGAUCAUAGCUACCAUCAUCCUUAUUUUGGCUAUUAUCGUCCUUCGUAUGGCUAUGGUUACGGCCACCCCUACGGGUAUGGUAGCUACUACCCAGUAGGCUACGGCUAUGGGCACCACCAUUACAAAAGGUCAGCCGAUCCAGAACCAGAGGCUGAGCCUUCCUAUGGCUAUGGCUACUAUGGGUAUCCUUACCCAGUCUACCACUACCCAUCUUAUUACUACGGUUAAGGAGAAGCCUCACCGCCGAUUUCCAUGGAGCACAACUGUCUCAUUUUUUUUUUGUUGAUUCAGGAAUGUUUUAUGAACAGAUACACCGAGAUAUCUGGUUUUUAUUUAUUUUUCUCAUGCUCAACAUAAAUAUCAAAUUGUUAAGUCUGAAGUCGAGGAAUUUUAGUCAAAUAACACCAAUUUACUAGUAAUCUUUUUGUUUGCUAUUCCAUGUACCACCACAACAUGCAUGUUUUAAAUUCAUUAUUCUUAUACUUCGGAUUGAAUUGUAUGGAGGGAUCAAAUAAACUCUCCUAAACGUA